AUUAAAUCAGUUUGCUCAAGUGUCGAUAAGCUUUCCUAUUCGGAUAGGUACAUUUGUGAUCAGUUCUCGAUUGAUUCUACAAAAAAUAACUUAUACGUGUCAACAACAUGGGACUGUUUAUAAUACCUGCAAUUUUACUUUACCUGAUCUGCCAGCAGGCGCAAGCAGCUUGUGUUCAGGACUUGAUGAAGCUCAUCACACACGAUGUAAGUAAAACGGAGUUGGACCUGAAUGUCACUAUAGUGGAAAUCACAAAUAGAAUAAAAAACGCUAAGGAAGACAUCGACGCUCUUAUAUUAAAAUCAAAACUUGAAAUACAAUCCGAAAGAGCAAUUUUGGAAGACCUUGAGUCAGCUGCUUAUGGAAGAUCAAUGGUUGAAAAAAAGAGCAUUGCAGAUUGUUUGGAAAAUGAUAGGGUUCAAAUGAAGAUAAUAAACACUACUGAGUCCAUUAUAUAUAGAUUAUGUCGUGCUGACUUAUCUAUUCUUUUAGUGGAAUCUUCUAUUCUCUCCGUUGAACUAGUUUCAAGAGAACUGGAAAAGCAACUGGAAAUAUGUGUUAACGAGAACAGUUCUAACUGUGAGAAAGAAGUAGCAUGUAUAAAGGAAACUCUUAAGUAUAUCAAUGAUAAAUUAGAUGAUAUAAAUACUAAAGUUGAGGAGAGACUUCAAGAAAUCUAUACGACCUCUCAGAUUUGUGCAAACGGAAAAAAAGCUAUGGUGAUAUCAAUGAUCAAGGAACAAGAAUCUAAUUUCAAUUAUUGUGUUUCAAAGAUUUUGAAAAAUGUUUAGAUAUUCAUUUCAAUUAUUCUCUUUUCUUCAUAUUAAAAAAAUAUAUUUUCAUAAUGCUCAAGAAUGAUGAUUCAUGAAUAAAAUUAUACAAGUAUUCAAAGAUA